AUGCUGCAAAACUGGAAGUGGACGUUUAACGUGUUUCUGAUUGCUGCUAGCUAUAGGCUUCUUGCAGACAACAGCCACUUCUCAGAAGUUCGAGCUCGACGAUUGUUGUUCGAGUUGUCAAACAUCGGUCCAAAGCCAGCCGGUUCGGAAGCAUGUGAAGGGCUCACUAGAAACCAUAUAUUGGAUGAGUUAAAUCUCAUCAAGUUGUCAGCAACUGUGCAAUUUGAAAUCGAACAACAGAAUCCAUCAGGAUGUUUCGACUUGAAAAGAUUUUCUACCGAUGACAUUACGAUUUGCUAUCGCAAUAGAGAGUCGUUUGGCACAGGCGGUUCGGAUGACCUCAUUUCGUGUGCUCUGAUGGUGGAGUUGAUUCGACUAUUGGCUCGCCAACCUGAUAUGCUUACGAAAUACGAUGUAGUAUUUCUUUUUAAUGGAGCUGAAGAAUCAAUCUUGCAGGGGGCACACGGGUUCAUCACUCAACAUCGAUGGAGAAAUGACAUACGGGCCUUCAUCAAUCUGGAAGCCAGUGGUAGUGGUGGUCCUUCGAACCAAUGGCUGUUGAAUUCAUAUCUGGCGGCGGCCGUUUAUCCUCAUUGCUCAAUUAUCGCUCAAGAAAUUUUUCAAAGCGGAUUGUUUCCUGGUGACACGGAUUUUCGUGUGCUUAGAGACUAUGGCAAAGUACCGGGUAGAUUUUUCCUUUCAGUUAAUAUAUUCUAUUUACCAAUUUCUGGCAAUAAUAUAGUCGUUUUCGGAUUGGAUUUGGCUUUUGUGCAGAAUGGCUAUUGGUGGCAUACUGAAUUUGAUGAGGCACGCAGAAUCACGCCAGGCUCAUUGCAAAGAGCCGGUGAUAACGUAUACGCCACUCUGCUAUACCUGCUGCAAUCACCAUAUUUGAAUAGUUCGAUUGUGCACGACAAUCAAAAAUAUGUGUUCUUCGAUGUUCUGGGCCUGUUUGUCGUCAUCUAUCCAGAAACAGUCGCUAAUUCAAUUAAUGCUGUUCUGAUUAUUGCAGUUCUCUUAAAAGUGUCAACUCAUUUUUUCCACUAUGCAGAAUAUUACAAAGAUGCUAUAGCUGAUUAUAUUGUCGUCAUAGUAUCUAUGAGUACUGUGGUUUCCAUUACGUCCUACUUGACGCUUUUCAUUUGGGGAGCAAUGCCAUGGUAUUCAAUCCAUGGAUUGGCAGUUUUAAUUUAUGGAUUGCCUGCUUUAUGGACGGGUACCAACACAAUGUUGUUUUUAACGUCAAGAGUUGAUGGGCAAAACAAAGAGGAUCACGCCGCGGCUAUUGAGAACGUGCAUCAGCUUCUAAUAGCCAUCAUUCUUACGGUUUUCACUUUAAAAGGUGUAGGUAGUGGCUACUUAUUUGCUCUUAUGCUGUUUCCAAUCGUCAAGGAUGUCGUACCUCUAAGAAACGAGUGGACAACAGUCUCGACCUACUUGCUACUGAACUUACCCUGUUUUGUUAUGUUCAUCUACCUAUCCGAAAUGCUACUUUCAAUUUUUAUUCCUAUUAUGGGCAGAACUGAUUCGAAUCCUGAAAGAGUUGUCGCCGUCUUCACAACCAUUCCAGUUUUUGUUAUUGUUCUUUCUUUGCAUGUGAAUCGAGCGCUGCACAAAAAAGACGGUAGUUCAUUGGUGCGUGACACUAGACUGUACGUGAUCGCACAAGACUAUCGCGGUGUAGAGGACAUUCCAUUUGUAGAUGAAAGUAGUGGACAAAUGUCGCAUUCCAACAAACCAGUGAAUGAUGGCGAAACGCAACUGCUACUUGGCGUUGCCAGCCACUACCUGCACGGGUCGCAUAUGCAGUCGUCGUUGACCAAGCAUCUUCUGUCAGAAAUCAACGAACGAAGGCGCUCGAAUCCGAGUUGGUCGAUAACAGCCAGCGCAUGGAAUGUCGAUCUCAUUUAUCAGCUCUUCUGA